GAUCCUUCUUUGUUGCCUGUUGUAUCUCCUCAAUUACAAAUUGUGGAACAACAAUUGGCAUCUAUUCAAAAGUAUCAUGCGGAAACUCUUGCCUUACGUUCAGGUAUUCGUUGGCGUGAGUUGGGAGAACUCUCUCCGGGUUAUCUUAAGCGAACUGUUGCAUCCCGCACUGCUCGUCAAUUGAUUCCUCCAUUAAUUCAUCCUGUUGAUUAA